AUGAGUUUCGCCGCCUCCUCCUUCCAGACCUUCAGAAAAUGCACAGCUGUUAUCUCCACGAGGUCCCUCACUCGUCCAGCUAUCGCUCGCUGUCAAAGAAAUGCGUCCCGGAUCGGAACGCGGUGGUACUCGGAGGGGAAGACGGAGGCAAGUGCAGAGGCUGAGAAGGCUGAACAACCGAAGGAACAGGCUGUCGACUGCUCGGAAAUCGAGGCGAAGCUAAAAGCGAAAGAAGAGGAAGUCUCAGACCUUACUGGCCGACUACGAUACUUGCAAGCAGAUUUCCUGAAUCUGCAACGCAAUUCUGCUCGCGAGAAAGAACAGACGCGAGACUACGCCAUCACCCGGUUUGCGGCGGACCUCCUCGAGACCGUGGACGUUCUUUCAAUAGCCCUCAAGUCGGUACCACCACAGGCAUUGAAAGAACCUUCCACCGCCAUUCAAACUGCCUCAGGCUCCUCCGAAUCCCCACCACCAUCCGCUCCCGAACCGCCUUUACCCAAGGACUACCAGACAUAUUUGCAAGAGCUUCAUACCGGCGUCGAGAUCACCCAACGGCAGCUCCUCCAAACCCUCUUCAAGUACCACGUCAAACCCUUUGAUCCUACCGGUGACACUUUCGACCCCAACCACCACGAAGCCCUCUAUCAGGCUCCAGUACCAGGGAAGGAACCGGGUACCGUUAUUGACUGUCAGAAGAUCGGGUACAAGAUCAAGGACCGGGUUUUGCGUGCUGCUCAAGUCGGUGUUGCUCAGGACACAUCAUGA